GAUGCGGCGAGGCACUCCAGUCUACACGAAUUUGUACGGUCUAUUCUGAAUAUGCUUUAUUCGUCGCUAACCGCUCCAUCCCCCUUUAGAAGUUGAAACACAUCUUCCAUCAUGGAACCUAUCUCUACCCAGACCUUCACAUGCGCUUGGACCUUCCUCCCGGUGCACGAGUACAGGUCGAUACGGAUGAGGCCGAGCCUCGGGAGGAAGAUCUGCCUCUGCGAGCUCGAUCAAGGCCACUUGACAUCCACCGAUUAGUAGACCGACGGCCUUCGAGCGUUGAGGCAUUGCUAGACUCGGCGAGACUCAGCGGCCAAGCAUCUGUCUUAUCACCGUUAGCUUGGACGUUAGAUGAAGUUUCUGGCCCAAACAUCACCGAUAAAGAGACUGUACUCAGCUUCGGCAGGAUGUCUGCUGAUGCGUAUGUCCUCGAACCACACACUGGAGACUGGGAGGACGUGGGUGGAGGUUUCAACUAUUCUCGGGACUUUGGAUGGCAGACGGUCGGUCUCCGUGGACAUAUAUUUGCUGAUGAAGUCAACUCCACGAUCGUCAUUGCUCUCAAAGGAACAUCGCCACCGCUCUUUAACGGUGCCGAGACUGCUGCGAUGGACAAACUCAAUGAUAAUUUGUUCUUUAGCUGCUGCUGCGCCCAAGGCGGCCAAUACCUAUGGACCAAAGUCUGCGACUGCUACUCUACAACGUAUACUUGCAACCAAACCUGCCUUCGUGGCGCACUCAGAGACGAAAAUCGCUAUUACCGUGCGGCACUUGAUCUUUAUGCCAAUGUCACUGCGAUGUAUCCUGAUGCUGACAUUUGGAUGACUGGUCAUUCCCUCGGUGGAGCUGUGAGCAGCUUGAUCGGACUGACAUACGGGCUGCCGGUAGUCACCUUUCAGUCGCCUCCAGAAGCUAUUGCUGCUUCACGGCUCGGCUUGCCGUCUCCACCAGGCUCUAUUCAAGGCUCGCAUCAGACAAGAAAUUUCACUGGAGCUUACCAUUUUGGCCAUACAGCAGAUCCUAUAUACCUUGGAACCUGUAAUGGCGCGACGUCUGCAUGCUCCUUAGCUGGUUUUGCCAUGGAGACCCAAUGCCACGCGGGCCAAGAGUGCAUAUAUGAUACUGUCGAGGACUUUGGCUGGCGACCUGGUGUGGGUAAUCAUAGAAUCAAAAUUGUUCUCCGCGAUGUUCUCGAGGCCUACGACAGCGUGCCAGAAUGCAAACCAAACUUGGAGUGCGUGGAUUGUUAUAAUUGGAAAUUUUUUGAGAGCAACGGCUCUGACAGUACAACUACAUCGACGACCACUACAUCAAAAACUCGGACUCGGACGAGCACAUGUCAAACGCCUGGAUGGUGGGGCUGUUUAGACGAAAGCACGACGACUACGUCCACCACUACUACAUCAGAUCCCCCCACGUCCACAUCCACGACAACUUGCAAGACUCCUGGUUGGCUUGGAUGCAAGGAUUCUACCACGACAUCUUCUGCAAGCCCAACUCUUCCGAUAACUCUGUCAUCGAGCACUGGACAUGUGCCUACCAUAACGCCCCCUCCAUCGACCCCCACCUUGACCUCGCCCACGUCAACCGCGACGGACAGCUGCACCUCUAAAGCUUGGUUUGGGUUUAUUUGUAAAGACCAGACUCAAACAAGCCAGAGCUCCUCCACUCCAGCUGUGACGAAUCCAGCUAGCGGAGGCCCAGACUGUGUGCGACAUGGCUGGCUGGGUAACUGCAAGGAAUGGAAGACAGCGAACGAAGCAUCGAAUGACGAGCUACGUUAAUUGCAUCAGGCAUUGUUUUUACACAGGAUAUUUGGCAUCCUCGGAGUUUCUAGGACCCUCUCAUAAAUUUUUUCCCCUCAUUAAGGCCUCGAAAUUCUAUACCUGAGCCUGGCGUUGUAUUGAGUUUCGCAAUUUUUUCUUGGUUUCUAUCAUCAUACCUCGAGAUAGGAUCUCCAUAUGCUAGCGUUUUCGCACAUAUUGGC